AUGAAAAAAUCCUUAUUUCAUCAUUUUUGUCAAAUCAUUCUAUUAAAUUCUGAAAUAAAACAAAAAAUUAUCUAUUUACAAUUAUCAAAUGAUGGAAUAAAUGGUCAAAUUGAACAUUUUCUUUCAUUAUUUUCAUUAAAUACAUUUCUUAAUCUUCGAUCAUUAUCAUUAAUUGAUUUAAACGAAAAUAAUAUUAAACAACUAUUAUCAAUAUUACCAUUUUUAUCUAAUUUAUAUUCUUUUUCCUUUACUGGUACAAAUAUUGAAACAUUAGAAAUAAUAUCCUCAAUAUCAAAAUCAAAAUUACGAAUAUUAACAGUACCUCGUUUGGAUUUUGAAUCAACAUCAAUUAAUCAAACAAUAGGAAUAACAUCAUUAACGAUAACUGAAUCUAAGACCGAUAAUUUUAAUUUAUUUAAGUUAUUUGAAUAUGCACCAAUAUUUGAACAUCUUAUAUUAUUAUUAAAAUAUACACCAAAUUUUAAAAUAUUUUCAAUAUUUAUCAUGAGUGAUAUCUAUAUGUCUGAUGGUAUUCGUUGGCAAAAACUUAUUGAAACUUCAUUAAAACAUUUAUCAGUUUUUAAAUUCCAUUUUCAAGAUAAAAAAUCGGAUAAACCAAUGGCAAAAUUGAAUAAAUUUCAACGAUUUCAAAAUGAUUUUUGA